AAUGGAUACCUAAACUAAAUUAACUCUCUUAGGCACAGCUUUUGCUGGUUUAUUCAGUGGAGCAUCAAUCUACAUUAAUAUUGUUGAACAUCCUGCAAGACUAAGUUGUGGAGCUGAUGUUGCAUAUAAUUAAUGGGUACCAUCUUACAAAAGAGCUGCAAAAUGGUAAGCUUCUUUAGCCUUUCUUGGAGGAUUAGUAGGAGUUAUUAACUAUGCUAAAUAUUAAAAUAAACUUACCUUAAAAGCUGGUUUAUUGCUUGCCUCAGUUAUCCCAUUUACAUUGAUUGCUAUAAUGCCAACUAAUAAAAUUUUAUUAGAGUAAACAAAUUUAGAUGAAAAUUCUAAAAUAGGCUUACUUAAAUAAUGGGGUAAAUUACAUGCAGUUAGAACAGUGGCCAGUUUAAUUUCUUUUGGAAUAUUUUUAUAUGCUUUAGCCAAAAAAUGAUU